AUGGCGAUCAUAACAGAAGAACCAGAGAAACAAAAAUCUACACAGUCACAGAUCCCACCACGCAAGACCCAUAAACCCAAACCACCCCCUACCUCAACCUCAAGCACAACACAGCCACCCAAUCCAUUCUCUUUCUGGUUCUACUUUACUCUUUCCGUUUCUCUCCUCACCCUCGCCUUCGUCUUUGCCUCUUCACUCUCCCCACAAGAUACAAAAACUUGGUUCCUUAACUUACCAAACACUCUUCGCCAACAUUAUUCAAAAGGCCGCGCUAUUAAGGUGCAGACGCAUCCUAACCAACCACCCAUUGAAGUUUUCACCGUCCAAGAGGGUCCCACAGUGUCGGAAAACGUUGUCAUUGUACACGCCCUGGGUCUCAGUUCAUACUCUUAUCGGAAUCUUAUUAAAUCCCUAGGUUCCAAGGGAGUGCGCGUUACUGCAAUUGACCUACCCGGAAAUGGGUUCUCAGACAAGUCUGUGGAAGAUUCCGUUGAGGGGGUUAAUGGGAUUUUUGGUAGGUUUUGGUAUGUGUAUAGUGAAAUUCAAGAAAAGGGUUUUUUCUGGGCGUUUGAUCAAAUAGUGGAAACGGGUCAGAUUCCGUAUGAAGAAAUUCUGGCUCGGAUGUCAAAGAGGAAGGUAACUAAGCCUAUCGAUGUGGGUCCCCAAGAGAUUGGAAGAGUGUUGGGACAAGUCAUUGAUGCCAUGGGGCUAGCUCCUGUUCACUUGGUGUUGCAUGAUUCAGCGUUAGGAUUGAGUGCUAAUUGGAUUACGGAGAAAUCAGAAUUGGUAAGAAGUGUAACGCUUAUUGAUACAUCUUCUUCAACUGCAGGUGCUUUCCCUAUUUGUGUUCUGAAAUUCCCUGUGAUUAGAGAGAUUGUUUUGGGGUUUCCGUUGGUUUACGCAAAGGUGGUAAAUUUGUACUGUUCCAAGAGAAUUGGUGUUUCGGAUGCUGAUGCACAGAGGGUGUUGUUGAAGGGCAGGGAUGGAAGGAGAGCGGUUGUAGCUAUUGGGAAGAAUUUGAAUUCUAGCUUUGACAUUGCAGAGUGGGGUGGUUCAGAUGGAUUGAAAGAUAUGCCAAUGCAAGUGCUGUGGUCUGCUGGUUGGUCUAAAGAAUGGAGCCACGAGGGAGAUCGGGUUGCUCGUGCACUUCCGCAGGCGAAUUUCGUUACACAUUCUGGUGGCCGUUGGGCUCAGGAGGACGUAGCAGUUGAGAUAGCUGAAAAAAUUUCUCAGUUUGUCUUGUCGCUACCAAAGUCUGUCAGAAAAGUUGAGCAAGAGUCCAUCCCAGACCACAUACAAAAGAUGUUUGAUGAAGCAAAAAGUAAAGGUCAUGAUCAUCUUCACCAUCAUGGACAUGGUCACCAGAGUCAUGAUCAUCUUCACCAUCAUGGUCAUGGACAUGGACAUGGACAUGAUUACCAUGGUGAUGAUAACAUCGAUGGUGCUGGUUAUAUGGACGCAUAUGGGCUUGGCCAGGGACCUUAUGGUUUGUGAAAGUGAUCACUAUGUUGUACUGGCCAUUGUUCGCACUAGCAGAUACCACUCUGCUUCAUAUUGCUCAUAUAUUGUAUUAGUCGGGAUGCUCGUACCAUAUAGAGUUCUUGACAGCUAAAGCCUACAUUUUGUAUGUUAUUUAUUCUAACUGUAUUACUUUUUCAAAAUCUCUGUAGGGUGAGAAGUUUUGGACUAUGGAGCGAUUAUGCAUGAAAAGAGGCUUGUUCUAACUUAAAAACCAAUCACAUCUUUGAGCUGAUUGGUAUCAUGUACUCUCUUUUGGAGCCAUUUUGUGUUUGGAUUUUGAAACUAUUUUUAGAAGGUGUUUGGUGAGAUGAAAUCUAUGUACUGGAGGUAUUUUAGUAAC